AGACCACAAGAGCACCUGCAAUGUUGUAAACAAUAUGGCGUUCUAAGGAUAAGUUUUUUGAAAUUGCAUUGAAUAUUUCUUUAUUUGAGAAAGGCUACAAAUUUUCUUACAGGCUCCCAAAGCCAGAAGAAUGUUACACACAGACAGAAUUAGUGGUAACCCCCAUUCUGUUAAACCGUGUAGUGCACAAGCUGUGUCAUCACUCUGUCUAAGAAAGAGCAACCAGAAACCUGACCUGCAACUAACUGGCUCUCAGAUUCAUCUUAAAAGUCGCCCGAAUUCUGGCAGUGGAAAAACAAGUUUUCGUUCUGUGUCAGUGUCUGAUAUUCAUUCAAGACGACCAAUGUCUGCUGUGCCUGCAUUUAGGCAUCAGGAUGUGAAUGGAGCUGGUGAAAGGAAGCGGUCACAAUCUGUUGAUAACCCAUACUUCCCUGUAGGUCAUGUGAUGUCAAGUUCAGCAACAUCUGACUGUGAUGAAAGAUUGGGAAGAAUUCUGCAUACAAAAUGGGAUAGUCCUCAUCAGAGGAAGAAGCUUGCUGCGAAACUGCCUGUACUGGGUGAAAAUAUUCAUAACUGUGUAAAACAAGAUAUACCUUCUGACAAGCAUACGAAUCAUAAUAAUCUCACAGCAGUGGAUUGUCAAUUUGGUACAACACACACACUGCGAUCUUCUCAGCUUCUUGACUGUCUUGCAUCUAAACCCUUAGGAUGUACAUGGACAGAAUCUGAGUUAAAAGAGUGUUGUGAAGAACUUGGAAUUACAAAUUAUUUUUGUAACAGUUAUGAUCAUGAAAGUUCGAGCAGUGAUUGCUCCAAUAGUCACUGCCAUUCAGGCACAAGUCUUGGAGAGCAAAUAAUAGCAAUGGCUCAAGAUCCACAGCCAGCAGAAUUGCCUUGUACACUCCCUCUUGAACUAGGACUUGUGAGCGAACCACUUUCAUCAGAGAAUAUUACACAUGUAGCUGGGUCCUUAGAGAAGCUAAUACAUAGUAGAGACAAGUUUCUUGACAUUGAUGUAAGUGCUGGUGACAUUCUGUUUGGAAAGUUAAAUCAUGUUUGUUGUCUAACUGACAAGCCACAGUAUCUGAGUGAAUCUACCUAUUUUGGGGAAAAAUAUAUAUCAGUUUCUGGUGAACCAGAUGGUAACAACAGUCAUGCAUGUAGCAUUAAAAUGUUGGUGCCUCUGGUUUCUCCACAUGAGAAUGAGAUGUUUCAAGGAGACUCCAUUGAUGGUGUUCUUGAGGAUAUGAUUAUUACACAGAAGUGUUCAAUGUUAAAGAAUGAAAUUCCCAUGAACGCACAGUAUUCAUCUCAGUAUAAGGAGGAAAGACAGAAUUUGAAUGAACAGUGUCAAAAUGUUUUAAAACUAAAACAUCUUUGUACACAAAAUCCAACAGUUUUAAGCAGGACACUUAAUGCAAUUGAUGAUGUUUCCAGUCAUGUAGGAGACAUUAAAGUUCAGCAUUUGUUUCCCGACUCAGUAUGUGAAGACAGUAGAGUUCCAGAUUCUCUUAUAUGUGAAACUGAAAGGGAAACUGACCUACUUCAAAUGAAUCUGGCAAGGGAAGAGUGUAAUUUUGACUGUUCUGACAGCAGUGAAGAUGUUGGUAUUGAGCCUACUUAUGGAAAUGACAUCAAAACAGUGUAUUCUGGCAGUCUAAAAAGAGAAGAAUUGAAUUUGGAGUGUUUGGUACUGGGAGACAUUGAUGAACAUGAUGGUUCAUCAAGCAUAAGGAGUAGUGGAAGUGACGCAAAGUGUUCUGUAUCUAACAGGCAUGUGAAUAUAGGGAAACAAGGUGAAAUUUCUCACUUGGAUCUGGAAACAGAAAACAAUUCACUGCUUCCUGAUCAGAGACCAGAAGAUGAAACUGAUGGUGAACUGUUAGAAAAACCCUCUGCACAGAGGGGAUUUGAAGGAAAUAAUAAUGUUCCACAUAACAACAUGUGCAAUGACAGCAAAUCAGAGGAAAGUGACAAAUCUGGAGACCUAAAUACUAAAGGUUCUUUAGGUUCAUCAGCCAAAGGAACAGAGGCAUCAUGGCUGAAUACACAAAUGGAAAGCCCAGCACAUCAGCAGUUUCUCCAUACCCCAGCAGAAUCUGCACAGGCACUUAAAACUGAUUUAGCUUUACAGUUAAAUUUAACACAUGAAAAUGUGGGACAUGAUGUACUUGAGAAAAGCAAUGUAUCUUUUCUGCUGGAUCAAAGAAAUGUAUUGUCUUCACCUCAGACUUUAGAUCUGAAUUUAUCUACUGUUGGAACUUCAGGAAACUCAACUUAUGAUGACAUUGUCACAAUACUUAAGGUCUUGGAGGAAGAACAAACAUGUUCUUUACCCAAAUUGGAUGGCUUAAAAUUGUCUCCUAACAGUGAAAUGCCAUGUAGUAAAAUAUUUCCGAAGACAAAUGAGGUGGAUGGCAGACAGAAUGCUUCAGUCACCAGUGGAAAACUGUGUGAAAUUCUGACAUAUCUUGACGAAGUGGAACAUUAUUGUGAUGCAACGUUAGUAUCUUCAAAGAAUCAACUCCAAGCUGUAAAAGAUUCUACACGAAAUAAUGAGCUUAAGCUGACAACAGUGCCAAGAAUGGAGGAACUACUAAACUUAAGCACAGUAGACUUGUCUCAUCAAGUCCUUACACUUCAACUCCAGCUUGAGGAGAAAAGUAACAGUAUUAACUUAUUGCAAGAGACACUGAAUCAACAGCGAGAGCUCACAGUCCGCAACACAAGGAAUGCUGACCGUGACAUGAAGACAAGACUGCGUGGGCAGAAGGAAGAAUAUGAAGCCACUAUUGCCCGUCACCAAAAGUUCAUUGAUCAGUUGAUAGCUGAUAAAAAGAAUUUGAGUGAAAAAUAUGAAAGUCUGGUCUUGGAAUUGAAGAAGUCUGAAGAAUAUCAUACAAACACUUUGAAAGCAGUGGAUGAGCGCCAUUCUGUAGAGUUACAGAGAGCACGAGAAAUGCAUGCAGCUGCUGAGAAGCUCAACAGAAAAAGAUGGAUUGAUAACAAGACACAGAGGAUUAAGGAGAUGACAGUGAAAAGUCUAGAGCCAGAACUUCAGAGGAUGAAUAUAAGGCAUCAGCAAGAGCUAUCAGACUUAAGAUUGUUACAUAAGCAGGAAUUGGAUGAACUUGAAUUGCGGGCCACUCGGAAGACAGCUCAACAGAUGGAACAGCUCAGAGACAAACUCACUGCAGAAAAGGAAGAAGCACUAGCUAAAGAGAAGGAAUUUCUUAGGCAGAGAAUUGAGAAACAAGCAGAGCAAGAGGAAUUAGAGUACCAAGCACGACGACGUAGGUUAUUAGCAGAAAUCCACAGAGAGAAAGAAAGACUUACAGAAGAAGAGAGAAGAAUUAGUGAACAAUUGGAGGAAACUAAACAGAAUUUAUCUAGAGAAAAUGCUAAGGUUAUAGAAAGGCUGAAACAAGAGUAUCAGGAAACAGUGGAAGAAUAUACAAGGAGGCAUCAGAAUGAAAUUAAAUCUCUUAAAGAGGCAUUAGAAAUUGAGAAAGAAGCUUGGAUAAACAGCUAUAAGAAAGACCAAGCAACAUAUAUUUCUCGGCUAGAAUCAGAGAUAAGGAACCAAUGUAAAAGAGAGCGUGAUAAAGAUAUUGAACUUGUAAUAGAGAGGCUGGAAGCUGAAGCAACACAAAGUAAGACUGAAUUGGAACAAGCCACGGACAACAGGCUGAGACGAUUAAAAGAGAAAUUUGAUGCUGAAAUCAAGGACUUGGAAUUGUCAGAGAAAGCAAUUAAAACCAAGUAUAAUGAGGCAAAGGGUAAAUUAGUUGAGAAAGAAGAUGAGGUAAUUAAUUUAAAAGCCAAUGCCAGGCAGUUACAAAAGGAACUGGAAGAAGCAAGGAAGAUCAUUGACAAAUUGUCUGCAGAACGUGCAGAACUCAAGGAAAUCGUUCGUAAAGAGGUUAUGAAUCAGGUGACUGCUGCAGAGCAGGAGAAUAUCAGACUGAGAGAAGAAAUGGCAGAACUGAGAAUGAGACACAAGCUGGAACUUUCUGGCAAAGACGAUGAGGUAGCAAGAAGAAUGGCAGAUAAAGAAAGGCAGCUGCAGCAAGUCUAUAGCAGGGUGAAGGUGGUAGUGACUAAAAGAGAUGAAACUGUCCAGAAUCUUAAGUCACAAUAUGAAUCAGCAUUAGAUCGCUGCAGCCACUUAGAAGAACUUCUUGAGCAACAGAGGCGAGAUUUCUUACUUAAGUAGUAGUAGAUGUCAGUGCAGUUCUGUUGAAUUGGGUUGUUUAAAGUGUAUUUAAUGAACAUAUGAAGGCAAAUCAAAAAGUCUUUGACCCUAUUUUUUUUUCAGCCACAAUAAUACACAUACAAAGAACUCAAAAUACAGGCAGUGUUCUAAGUACCUUUGACUAUUUUUCCACAUCGUCACCACCCUAGUUCAGGCAUUUGUCUCAUCGCACCACUAGUUUGGAGAUGCCGCUGUUUUAGAAUUCAGCCAGUUGAGCACGGGCGGUUUUCAGGUCGUCAUCGAAAAUGAACCUCUGGCCUACCAGGAACUUCUUCAGUGGACCAAACACAUGGAAAUCACUGGAGGCGAAGUCUGAACUAUAUGGUGCAUGCUCCAUAAUCUCCCAUCCAAAUGACUCCAGUCACACCUGGAGAUUCUCGUGGACAACGUGGUUCUCCUCCAUGACAACACCAGGCCUCAUGUGACAAACAGGACCGCCUCCUGACCAAUCAAAUUCUACAACAGCGGCAUCUCCAAACUAGUGGUGUGAUGGGACAAAUGCCUGAAUCAGGGUGGUGACUAU